CUUGACAUCGCACAGAUGAUCUGCUUGGGCCUGGUGGCUUUGCAGCAUCGUGGCCAGGAAUCGGCGGGCAUUGUGACAAGUUUGGGCAAGAGCUCCAAGAACUUUAGCGUGCACAAAGGCAUGGGAAUGAUCAGCAACAUCUUCAACGACGAAGCGAUACGCAAACUCAAGGGCAACCUGGGCAUUGGUCACACACGCUACUCCACUGCGGCUGCCUCCGAGGUGGUCAACUGCCAACCUUUUGUGGUCCACACGGCACACGGUGCUCUGGCCAUUGCCCACAACGGAGAGCUGGUCAACUGCGAGUCGCUGCGUCGCGAAGUCCUCGAACGUGGCGUUGGACUCUCGACACACAGCGACAGUGAAUUGAUUGCUCAAUCCUUGUGCUGUGCUCCCGAGGAUGUGUCGGAGCACGAUGGUCCCAAUUGGCCGGCACGCAUACGCCACUUUAUGACACUGGCGCCGCUUUCGUAUUCGCUCGUUGUGAUGCACAAGGACAAGAUCUAUGCGGUACGCGAUUCCUAUGGCAAUCGACCGCUGUGUCUGGGCAAGAUUGUCGCCUAUGAUGCGGGACAUGCGAACAUACAGGAUCAGGUGGCCGAGGGUUGGGUGGUGAGCAGCGAGAGUUGCGGCUUCCUUUCCAUUGGAGCACGCUACGUGCGUGAAGUGGAACCGGGAGAGAUCAUCGAGUUGUCCCGCAACGGUUAUCGCACCGUGGACAUUGUGGAGCGUCCCGACUACAAGCGCAUGGCCUUCUGCAUCUUUGAGUACGUCUACUUUGCACGCAGCGAUUCCAUGUUCGAGGGUCAGAUGGUCUACUCUGCGCGUCUGCAAUGUGGUCGCCAGUUGGCGCGGGAGUCACCUCUGGAUGCGGAUCUUGUAAGUUCGGUGCCAGAAUCGGGCACAGCAGCAGCACAUGGCUAUGCGCGAGAGUCGGGUCUGCCCUUUGCCGAGGUGCUCUGCAAAAAUCGCUAUGUGGGACGCACUUUCAUUCAGCCCUCGAACCAUUUACGCCAGCUGGGCGUGGCCAAGAAGUUUGGCGCUCUGGCGCAGAAUGUGGAAGGCAAGCGAAUCGUGUUGAUCGAUGAUUCGAUUGUGCGUGGCAACACAAUUGGUCCCAUCAUCAAGCUGCUCCGCGAUGCGGGAGCCACCGAGGUGCACAUUCGCAUUGCCAGUCCGCCGCUGCAGUAUCCCUGCUACAUGGGCAUCAAUAUUCCCACCCGCGAAGAGCUGAUUGCCAAUAAAUUGAAUGCCGGACAACUGGCGAAUCAUGUGGGAGCCGACAGCUUGGCGUAUCUCAGUGUAGAGGGUCUCGUCACCGCAGUCCAGAUGAACAAAUCUCAUGUGAAUCCGGUCAAGUCAGGCUACUGUACUGCCUGUUUGACUGGCGAGUAUCCUGGCGGACUGCCCGAGGAGCUUAGCUGGUAGAGAGCGCGAGUGGAGCGUAUCAUCAUUUAAGUCUAAGUUUAGCAACUAACUCAUCAAACGCACUGCGUACAAUUGACAACACAAUUUAUUAUUUGUAUGUGUUAAUUUGAAGCUAAGCAAUUGAACAAUUAAAUUAUCUCAUUAUCUAAGACAGGAAGAAAAUAAAUUGAAACGAAAACGUU